AUGAAUGUGCAACGCCUUCUCUUGCGCGCCUUCUCUUUUGUGAAGGCGGAUGAGCAGCUCCUACAUUCAAUUUCGAUUUCGAGCCGCCGGCUUGAGCUGGGCGUUGCUGUAGCGAAAACGCGUCAUACCCACAGCUGUGCCACCAAUGUGACCAUGGAGGCCUGGGUUACCACCACUGCCAGAUCUGCCUUUUUCCACUUGAGGCAGUUGCAAAUAAAUUUUAAACAAUAUUUAACUACAGGUGAAGGAACUGAUAAUUUCUGGCAAGUGCUAGUGGAAGGCAGAAACUGUACUGUAGAAAUACCACCAGAAAGAUUUGACUCCAUAGACUGGUAUGAUCCAGACGAUGGCAAACCAGGAAAAAUGAGUACAAGGCAUGCAGCUUUAAUUGAGGAGUUUAAUGUAUUUGAUAAUUUGCUUUUUGGAAUUAAUGGAAUGGAAGCAGGACGGAUGGAUCCCCAGCAGAAACUCCUUUUAGAAUGCACGUACAGAGCACUGGAAGAUGCAGGAGUUACUAGAGAAAAUAUUAGCAACACAAAAACAGGAGUUUUUGUUGGUAUGAUGAAUCGAGACUAUGAGCUCGUAAACAGCAAGGCCACUACUGAAAUAAACCAUUAUGAUGGGACCGGGACAGCAAUGAGCAUAGCUGCUAAUCGGAUUUCAUACACUUUUAAUCUUACUGGGCCAUCCGUUGCUAUUGACACUGCCUGCUCAUCAUUUCACCAUGCUUUGCAUUUUGCCUUCCAUGCAAUUAAACAAGGGGACUGUGAAGCGGCUCUUUGUGGAGGAGUGAACUGUAUCAUAGAUCCUCGAACUUUUGUAUCUCUUACCAAAGCAAAAAUGAUCUCAUCUGAUGGAAUCAGCAAGCCCUUUUCAACAAAGGCAGAUGGCUAUGGAAGAGGAGAAGGCUGUGGUGUUCUUUUGCUCAAAUCAUUGAAGAAGGCACAGGAAGAUUUCAACAAAAUAUGGGGCAUUAUCAGCAUCAGUGCCGUCAAUCAGAAUGGAAGAUCCGUCACUCCAAUCACCAAACCAUCUCAACAGGAACAGGAAAACUUGCUACGCAGCAUUUAUCCAUCUCAUGUUGAUCCAUCCAUGCUACAGUAUAUUGAGGCCCAUGGCACAGGAACCCCUGCCGGAGAUCCCACUGAGGCUGAGAGUAUUGGCAACAUCAUUGGUAAAAAGAGGCCUCCUAACCUGCCCGCUCUCAAGAUGGGCUCCGUAAAAGGGAACAUUGGGCACACGGAGUCGGCUGCUGGGGCUGCAGGCUUAAUCAAGGUUCUUCUCAUGAUGCGCCAUGGAAAGAUCGUCCCCUCAUUACACUUUUCUGAGAGCACUAGUAGCAUCGAUACACAGAGAUUAAAUCUCUCCAUUCCAACUCGUGUGGAGAAGUGGGAGGAGUCUAGUGAAUUUGGCAGGGUGGCUGGAGUCAACUGUUUUGGAUUUGGGGGCACUAAUGCCCAUGUUGUUGUCAGACAGGUUAAGCAAACCCCAAUUCUUCCCACAAUCAAAAGGCCUGUUGAACUGUUUGUCCUUUCUGCAGCUUCCGGUCACUCUCUCAAACUAGCACUGGAAGACACUGCUAGACGUGUGAACACAAGUGAGUCAGCUAUGCUCCCAAAUCUGGCCUAUACAUCUGCCUGCAGAAGAAGCCACCUAAACUUCAAAUACAGAAAAGCAUUUGUGGUGUCUUCUCUGCAAGACUUAGAACAGCAGCUACUAUCCGCAGCUGAAAUGGAAAUGGUUCCAUCCAAGAAAGCUCCACAACUGAUUUUUGUCUUCUCUGGUAACGGCUUGAAUUUGAAAGGAAUAUUCAAGACCUUGUUGAGAUCUGAACCAGUGUUCAGAGACAAAUGUAAAGAAACAGAAGGAUUAUUUCAGCAAUGGAUACGGCUGAGUAUCCUAGAACUGAUGGAAAGUGGUGAUGAUGACUUGACAAGGCCCGAAAUAGCCCAGCCCUUACUCUUCAUCCUGCAGGUGGCCUUGGUCGCUCUCUUGCAGCACUGGGGAAUGAAGCCAACUACUGUUCUUGGCCACUCAGUUGGCGAGGUUGCUGCUGCCCAUUGUGCCGGCUUUAUUUCCCUGGAAGAUGCUGUCAAGGUCAUCUAUCACAGGAGCAGGUUACAGGCAAAGGUCACGGGAGGCAGAAUGCUGGUUGUUGGUAACAUCCCCGUUCAAGAGGUGUCGGAAGCCAUUGGCGCGUACUCUGGGAAGGUCUGCAUUGCAGCAUUUAACAGUCCUCAGUCUUGUACCUUGUCAGGAGAUGCAGAUUCCAUCAAUGCCGUUCAGAAAGAUCUAGCUAAAUUCUUUGGUGGAAGAGAUGUAUUCCUUCACAUUUUAAAUGUACCAGCUGCAUAUCACAGCCACAUGAUGGAUCCAGUAUUGCAAGAAAUAGCGGGAAGCAUUUCUGAGUUAGAGAAACAGAAGCCUGAACUGGAGAUGGUUUCAACAGUGUCUGGGAAGGCUGCCUCAGAAGAUGACCUUGUUUCAGGCAACUACUGGGCCAGACAGGUUCGAGAUCCUGUCGUGUUUGCCCAGGCCAUUCUGACUUCCAUGAAAGAUAAGCAGAAUGCUGUGUUUGUUGAAAUUGGUCCCCACAGAGCAUUGCAGAGGAACAUUAUUGAAACAUUAGGAAAGCAAACUAAAGUCUUUCCUUCCUUGCAAGUUGACAGAGAGUAUGAGGUACUUCUUACAUUAAUAAAAGGUGUAUUUGAACUGAGGUUCAAUCCAGAUUGGCCACAUCUCUAUGAUGGAUAUCAAAGUGUUCCAGCAGCGUAUCCCAGAUAUCAGUUUGAUCGUAAGAAGCUGAAUUCCCAUGUAAACAUGCUGCAACAACCAACUCACCAAGUUUCAAACCACCCUUUAAUCCUCAAUGUCAGCAAUGACAAUACAGAAUUCAAGUGUUCCAUAUCUCAGGUGCAGACACCGUACAUCUAUGGGCACAAGCACAAGGGUGUCACUCUAGUGCCUGGUGCUUUUUUUGUUGAACUUGCUUUAGCUGCUGUGAUGACUAGUGCAAGACCAAAAAUUCCCUUACAUUUCUGUCAGAUGAUGAUAAGGUUUACUUCACCAUGUGUUUUAAAUGAAGACUCCUAUGAUCUGAAGAUAAAAGUGGAGCUGCAAAAAGAAGUGAAAGAAUUCAGAAUACUGUCUUCAUCAGGUACAAUUUAUACAUCAGGACAAAUCACAAGGGAUCUAGUGAUACCUGUUCAAGAAAAGACCAUAUCCUAUACUGAAGUUUUUCAACGGUGUAAAUCCUUUGUAAGAAGAGAUGAGAUAUAUGAAGCAUUAUCAACAUUUGGAUUUCAGUACGAUUCAAUAUUUAAGCAGCUAAGUGAUGUAUUUUAUUGUAAAGAACUGAAGGAAGGUGUAACCACCCUUAAGGUUAACAAAAAGACUGCAGAAGAAAUGCAUGAUUAUUUUAUCCAUCCAGUGCUCUUAGACUGUUUUCUACAAAUGACUGGGGUGAUGAUUAUGAAAAGUCUAGGGGAUUGUAUUGGAUUUCCUUCUGGCAUAGGCAGCUUUGUAAUUGUUAGGCCUUUGGAAGAGGAAAUGAUUAUAUAUGUGAAAAUGAGCAAUUCUAUGGCGAACUACUUAGAAUUUUGUGGAUGCUUCACAGAUAAACAUGGCUGCGUUUUGGCAGAAAUGAAACGUGUCAGAAUCACUCUUGUGAAGGAAACCUUCAGAAAUGAAACUGAUUUUUUGUAUGAAAAUAAGUGGAAGGAAAUAACUAAUUCUCAAAUCAUCCAGAACAUGGUGAAAACCUUAAGAAUGGCAGUAUUUGCUGACAAAAUGGGGAUCUCUCAGCAGCUCAAAAAAUUCUUAGAUAAAGAUUCUAAGUUUUUGAUGUACAAAGACUGGGAGGAAUUGCUUGAAGUCAGAAGCUUAGAAUCGCCUGCACAGGAUAAAAUUAAACUGGAGCUGCAGAAUUACAGUGAUGUUUUGUUUAUGUGGGGAAUCCAACAAUUAAAUGAAGGAGAUCCGGACUCCGUAGUUGCAAAUUUAUCAAAAUGUUGUGAGGCUCUUCGGCAAAUUAUGAUUGCUUUGAGAGCAAAGAAUAUUAAUUGUUCCAUCAAGAUAAUCACAUAUAGAGCCACAGAGAAGUCUGUAGACCACAUUAAUCCUGGCUUUGCUUUGUACGGCAUGGUAAGAAGCUGUAUGGUUGAAGUUACUGAAAUCACAUUUCAGAUGAUUGAUAUAAGCUCUACAACCACCAUGGACAUCUCAGCCUUAGCAGACGUUUUACUGGAAUAUGAAGCAAAUAAUUACUCUGAAGUCUGGAUUAACCAGGGAAGAAUUUAUGCUUCUGAAAUCAGACAUAGUCAUGUUCACGAUAUAGCAUACAAACAUCCUAAACAAUCUGUAAAAAAUUCUGAGAGUUUCACUCUUUACACUUCUGAUCCGUAUGAAGUGAAGGACUUAUCUGCUGAGCUGUCUGGUAACAUUGAUAUUCCUAUUGACGAUCACUGUGUUGAAGUUCAGAUUGAAAAAAUAAGUCUCCAUUCUGAAGACUACCUUCCUGUUAGUGUUUCCAGCUGUAACUUUGGAAACACAUUAUACUGGAAUUCACAGACAGUUGAUAAGCACAAGCUCUUGGCUUUGGACUGCAGUGGGAAAGUAGUUGCAACAGGCAGCAAAGUGAAAAAAAUCAAAGUGGGAGACCACAUUGCUUCAUGUUACCCAGUGACUGCAUCUUCCAGAAUUAGGAUCCCAGAGGUGGCUUGCUUUAGUACUCAGAAAUUCCCAUGCUUUGAAACUGUGCCAUGUGUAUCCUUCUUUAGAAUAGCAUGGGAAAUUCUGCACCAGACAUUGCCAGAAAUGAAGCAGAAGGGAUCUUUAGGCAUUAUUUCUACCGAACCAGAGUCAGUUUUGUGCAAAGUGCUGCAUCUGUCAGCUCAGGAAGCAGGAUGGAAAACUAUAUGUACAAGAUCUGACAGCAAUUUGGAGCUGCGCAUUGAAAAAUGCAGUGCCCUUGUUUUCCUGCCUCCACUAAAACGACUGCCUGAAGAUGUUUUAACUCAUCUUCCACGCCUGCAGAAUGUAGUUUUGCUGUAUGGCAACCUUCCCUCUGACAGUCUGAGAUUUCUCAUUGGAAGCAGUCACGAAAACUUUCAAGUUCAUGUUGUAAUUCUGGCUAGUAUUUUCCAGAAGGCUUCUCUGAAGCAAUCUCAGAAAUGUUUUAUCAGCUGGAUGAAGUCAAUGCAUCUGAAGCAAUUUAAGAACUUGCCAUGUUCAGUUUUUCAACAUGCAAACAAUUGUGAGACUUUGGAUUCUACAUCUUCAUUGUAUUUUGCAAGCAGAUCUAUCCCACUUGCUGUGCUGAAAAGUGAUGUGCAUAACGACUUUGUUUCAGACAUACCUGUGUCUGAAGCCAAGGAGAAAAUAUUUAAGCAAAAUGCUGUUUACAUAGUUACAGGAGGACUCACUGGACUUGGCUUUGAAACAGUUAGAUUCAUUGCUGAAAAUGGAGGAGGAGGCAUUGUGAUUCUUUCACGGAGAAAGCCAAGUGCUGAGAAGGAAAAAGAAAUAAACGAUUUGGAGCAUCAAAAUAAAAGGAGCAAAAUAAUCAGUCUGCAAUGCAAUGUCACUUCUAGGCCUGAUAUUGAGAAAGCUAUUGGUGCAAUCAGCAAAAUCUUUCCCAAGAGCCUGAUCAAAGGGGUGUUUCACAGUGCUGUGGUUUUACGUGAUGCAUCUAUUGAAGCCUUGACCGUAUCUGACUUUGAGACAGUUUUCAGUCCUAAGGUUGCAGGAGUCAUGAAUCUUCACCAUGUUACUCAAGGGCAAGAUCUUGACUAUUUUGUAUGUUAUUCAUCAAUUGCUUCAUUCCUUGGAAAUUCAAUGCAAGCAAACUAUGCUGCAGCCAAUUCCUUCCUGGACCUUUUCUGCCACUACAGGAGAAACUGUGGACUUGCUGGACAGUCUAUUAACUGGGGUGCCUUAAAUCUUGGAUUACUGCAAAAUCAAAACGAAAUCCAAAAGUUAUUGGAAUCCAAGGGCAUAGAGAUUCUGCAAGUGAAUGACUGUUAUGAGUAUCUUAAAAGAAGUUUAAUUCUAAACAAUCCUCAGCAAGCUAUUCUAAGAAUGAACUUCAAAACUUUGUACAAUCAUUUUAUUGCUCGAAAUCCAGCAUUCAGAAGUCGCAUGUCUACAGUCCUUACAGAAGAGCUUGGUACUUUUGAGCUUUCAGAAGAAACUACAUCCCAAAAUUUAGCUCUAGUAAAACCAGAAGAUUAUAUCAUGUCAUUGUUAAACCAGGUCAGUAGUGCAGAUCUAAGUGAAAUCACUGUGGAUACAUCACUUUUAUCCCUUGGCAUAGAUUCUAUGUUAGCCAUGACUCUGCAGAAUCGUAUUUUCCAGGAACAACAUGCAGAUAUACCACUUGUAAAAUUACUUGAUCCUAAUACAACAGUGCUCUCUUUAGCACUGAUGUUGGAAGAAAGAUCUCAGGAAAGCAAAAAACCUGGGAGACAGCACCACAUGAAACAGCAUACUGAAGGAGAAAGCUGGAGUACUUUUUUGUAACCACUGUAUUAA